AUGGCUGGUUCAAUUGAAAACAACGCAGCGUUAUACAAGAAGAAGACCUACACUUAUGUACCACCAUCGCCUUCAGCAGAACUCAUCGAAUCCACAAGCUUCACACUAGACUUUGMGGCCCGUAAGUUUGUACAUAUCGGUAUAGAUCCGUCUUCGAAUUUCAUAAUUGCAGUACACAUAUUAACUUCUUCACGUUACAUACAAGUUACGCCUGAUUAUUUGAAUAUAUUAUUCUCGUAUAUGGGUCAUAUCUUGUCCUUUAUAUUAGACACACCACAAAAGUAUAAACGAAUAAUAUUUUAUGAAGAUGAAAUAUUAAAACUAUCGAGUAUGGUAUACAGCGGAGAAAAUGUGUUAGUGAUUGAAGCAAAACACAGAGAAGGAUGUAGAAUAUUAUUGAAUCGGRCGGACCUUAUUCAAUUGCAAUACCUCGAGUGUUCCAUCGUCGAAACCUUAGUGCGGAAAGAAGUAUUCACCGCACCGUUAAUUACAGUGCGGGAAAAUCUUCGACACCUUUAA